AUGACCUAUUUAGAUCUAUUUCUCAACGCGCAUACGCAAUUAACCGAGCUACUGAAGCAAAAGAUUGAUGAAUUCUCGCGGGCGACGGCAAGAAGGGAAGAAAAGAAGGUCACGAUAUCGGAGUUCCAGAAUAUUGUAGACGGAAUCAAGACGAUUCUUGCAGGAUCCAUGUCAGCAAAAGUACAUCGACUGUGCGAUCUGUUAUCCGAUUCGAUCUAUCUUGACAAAAUCGACACUCCUCGGCUCCAAGACGGGAUCAAAGUUCUGAAAGAACUCGAAGAGAGUGUUGAACAACUAUCCACUUUAAUCGCCUUGCUCCGGGUACCCAAUCACUAUCAAUUCUUUCGAAACUACGAGGGAGGUUUGGUAUACCUAGUGUUUCUUUUGAUGAUCAGUACAUAA